AUGAUUGACAAUAGUCAUAAGAAUGGUGAUGCUUUUAUCGCAGGUUCCUCAAAAGGGCAUUCAUUCGAGAAAAGCAUGUCUUGGCAAGAUUGGGAGAACUCCUACACGGCAUUCAAAGCCUUCUUUGAUGGUGGUGUUACCAUUCUUAGAUCCAUUGAUGAACUUCUUCCGCUUUGCCACAGAUUCGAUGGUUAUGCAACAUUCCAAGGCGCCCUUGUGUAUCCAGAGACGGUUGGAGCCUUGAAAAAGUUCAUGGACAAAUACGGAAGUUUGCUGGAAGCUACAGAUGUCACCUCCUCUUUCUCAAGGGGUACUGCCCUUCGAGCGCUUGGCUUAGUACUUCAUGGGAUGGACACCAUGCAACUCCUUGAUAUUACAGAUCAUAAACUGCUCUGUUGGCGAGAUGCAAUAUGCGAGGCCAUGAUUCUGGGCUUUCCUGUGGAAUUUCUCCUUAAACUCGUGAAGAGCUUAGCACGUGCCGUUUUGGAGCACGGGCCAUUCGUAGAGUUGGAAAACCAGCGCCGGGAGAUGCAUGCCCUUCUUCUUGCUAAGGGUGUUUCUGUUGACAGCGCUGAGUGCGUGACGGAGGCAGCGGCCAGAAUAUCUCCUGGGGCUUCCUUUGUUCUUUUCGGACAUUCCCCAUAG